AUGGGACUCUUCAGCCUGUCUGCGCUUUUCCUGACGCUCCAACCCGGACGCAGUACAUCACACCCGUCUGACCCGGAGAAGGUGGACAGUACACAACAUACCGCGGAGGGUAACUCGUCCGAUGACGUCACACUCCUAGGAACAUCUCUAUACUCUCGCCUCAAAUCGUACCUCUGGCCGACCGACGACAAGAACGCCGACCUAGACAGCCUCGUUCCCAACUACCGCUGGACACCUAUCAUCUCUGGCAUCGUUAUACCGUUCUCCAUCCUACUCGAGAUCCCCGGACUCACCGAGCGGUGGUACAUUCGGACUGAAGGCGGGAAGACCGUAGAGACGAGGAAAAAUCCAGUGGUCCUGGAGAUCGGUCUCGGUAUCUCUAUCGCCUGUGGCCUGAUAGCCAACGUCGCCCUUGUCCUUCGAUUCCUGGAGAAACGCGUUCAAACCGUUACUUUGCUCUGCAUCGUCUUUUUGACUACUCAUGAUGUCAUCAAUAUCAUCGCCGUCACCGUGUUUGGAGUGGAACAUCGUUUCGACGAUGGCUUCACGUACGGCGAGGCCUUCUGGAUGACACUCUGCUCUACGAUCGCUUCGAGUAUCACCAACAUCAGCCUCAUCGUUGAUCUCAUUCGAACCCCAGAUUUUGCAAGACGAGGUAGCGGCCUAACGCGCAAGCAGCGUGGGCUUAUGAUCAUGGUUAUCGUCUUGCUGGUAUACAUCGCCUUCGGCGCGCUCGUCAACUCCAUCCUUCUCAAGCAGAGCUUCAUCAACGGUCUCUACUUCUCUGUCGUCUCCAUCGAAACUAUCGGCUUCGGCGACAUCGUCCCAAAGACUACCGGCGCACGCGUCUGGACCUGCGUCUACAUCCUGUUCGGCGUCAUCAACAUCGGUGUGGCUAUCGCCAUGUGCCGCGAGACGAUCCUCGAAGGUCUCGAGAUCGGGUACAGACGGCGCAUGCGCGACAUGCGCCAGCGACGCCGCGAAGCACGUAGGUUUCGGCGCUGGGAGGCCCGAUGGCAGCGCGCCGUCGAGUUCCGUCUGCGGGAAGCCGGUUUGCCCGUGUGGGUCUCCGACAAGGAGGAGCACGAAGAUGACCGUGGCGUCCGGUUCCUCGGCUUGCUACCGAAGGUCACCACCGGCGUGCCCUUCAUCAAGCGUGUCGGGACGACAAUAAAGCGCACGGCCACUUUCGAGUCUGUUGUCGACAGGCACUUCACAAGACACCGCGGGAUGCAUCUCAACGUCAACGCUCUGAAUAACGGUCAACUGGAGGAGGCCGCACUUGAGGCUGGGGUCCCGCUGGAGCUCUUUCUCGACCUUGGCGAACGGCGGGACGGAGACGCGCGAGAAGGCGGUGGCCUACCCACAAGACAGGAGCACAAGGACAUCGUCCCGGCGCUAGCUCAAGGGCAUGCCGACCACGCUUUUCGCGAUAACAUGGCGAGCGGGUGGCCAUCGCAUGCGCAGACGCCGACACAUGCGCAGGUCGGUCGGAUGGCGGCGAUGCUGACGAAGUUCGCGGUGGCUGUAGCGGUCCGCCACGCACAUGUGCCUAAGCCGCAAUCCGAGGAAGGUGAGGAGAAGCCGCGUGACGGCGAGGAAUACACCUCUCAGCAGCGUCCGACUGGAGGAACGAACGGCGACUCGAAUGAAAACGCCCUCGAUAACCAGCGGCGUAACCACGGAUGGGGCCGGUCACGGUCGGACGUCAAGGACCAUCCGGGAUCGAAAUGGCUGAAAGACCACUCGCGCGGCGCCGUGCAGCGCUCCGCUUGGACGUAUGAAAGGCUGCAGAGCGAAAUAGACGCGGAAGAGAAGCGGGCGUACUAUGUGAAGCUCUCUAUCGCAUGGUCCCUUUUCUUCGUAUUUUGGACGGUCGGCUCCGGUAUCUUUUCUGCCACCGAGGGUUGGCCAUAUGGCAGCGCCAUGUAUUUCUGUUUCCUGGCGUUCGUCACCACCGGCUAUGGCGACUUCGCGCCCGUCACACCUGCCGGCCGUUCUGUCUUCGUCGUAUGGGCUUUGUUCGGAGUCGGCACCCUAACAAUUGUCGUGUCUGUCGUGCAAGAGGCAGGUUCAUCGCGAUACAAGAGCGCACUACACUCGCAAGUAUUCGACAAGGCUGUCAAGAAGUACCGUAAGAGACAGCUGCAAGAAGGCAAACAGCGCCCCCGGCCAGUCGCGGAAAGCUCUAAUCCCGCCUCCGGCUCUCGGCCGCGAAAUUCGCGUCAUCCCGACGGAAGUUCACAUUCCUACCGUACAGAGGACGGAGACGGAGACCACCCGAUUGCGGAGCGGGCGAAGGAGUCCCAGGACAUCGCUCAGCAUGCCUUAGAAGCGCUCCCUGGCGAGAUUGUGCGCGGCGCGAGGACAUUCCAGAAUUACAUGCAGUUCUUCGUCUCGGGGGCGACAGAGGGGAUUGACGCGAUUGAGGAUCAAGACGCGGAGGACGAACGCGGACUGCCGAAGAUACCGCCUGACAUGCGGAAGUUGCUCGACGAGUUGGCAGAUAUGGAGCACAUCAAUGGGCGGGUGAAGACGGAGAUUCUGCAAGACGAAGAUGCGCGCAAGACGUUGUUCAUGCUGAGUCUCGAACGUUCUUUGAAGAAGCUCGUCACGUCGGCGGAGAAAGCCCUCUCCGCGCUUGCAGACCGUGACGCACUAGCCUCCCUUGCGGCUGCUCAGGAAGCCGAUGCUGCGAAGACUUCGGGCGCACGUCCCGAUAGUGCCGAUUGCUUUGCAUCUGCCAGCUCAAACGGUGCUUUCGCAGCGCACUCAGAGUUGCAUCGACGACCUGCGCGACCAGCCCAUCCGGUCCCGCCGGAUGCGAUGUCCUCCAUGUCCUCUCUUGACGAUGUGUCGUCGGCAUCCUCAUCGAUGACGGCAGAGCCGAUAAGUUAACAAGAGUCGUUCCGCCUAUGCCUAUACUGUACUGUUACGAAUGAGUUGCCAUGUCUCCGUCCCCGCAUCCUGCUUUACCGCUCGCUUUGUCCACGCUGACUCUAUCCAGACUACCACGCAUCGUACACAUCACACAGCACAAGGACAUUACUCACUCAACGCACCCUAUACGUGUACCAAUAACCACACACGAACUAUGUUGUAUCAAUUAUACGAUCCGCUGCUCCAAC